GUGACGUUUAAACUUUUAAACUAACCUAAUUUUUCAGGUUUCAGGCAGCUAUUUAUUAUUGAUUAUUGUUUUCCGAUGGUUUUCCUUUGAUCUUAUCCAUCCUCAUUUUAUAGUCUUUAGCAGUGUCUUUUUGUUUGUUUGCUAAGUUUGCUUACCAAAAGCUUAAGAGUAUAUCUUAGGUAUCGGUGUUUUGUGGAAAAUAUUAAGUAACGUGUAAAUGGAAAACGUUGUGUCUUCCUCGUUAAAUGAAGAAUUCAUUAAUUCUGUUUUGCCACCUGGCUGGGGAACAAAAAUUAUGGAGAAAAAGAUUAUAGAAGGUGAAGAUAAGUUUCCCAACGUCCAGUUGCAAUUUUUUGUUAAUUGCACGAACAAAGAAGAGUUUGGUAAAUGGUUAAGAGAGUUUGAAAACAUAACAAAUUCAUCAUACGUUAUCAGUAAUACGGAUAUUGAGGAUGGAGAACGGAUUAAACUUAAAAAGAGACUAAGAUGUCACCACUUUACUCGGUGCUCAAAAACCUACGAACCAUCUUCAAAAAAUAAAACGAGAAANGCUUAG